CGUUCCGAGUAUCGUGGUCGCGUAAUUCUACGGACGUGCCUAGAUAACUUCGAAGUGACUGGUCCGGAAGGAAAGCACAGGCGCUUCGUUAAUCCCAAGAUCCCCCUCCCUAUUACGAAGGCCUAUAUCUACUCCUCCUUGCUAGCCUUGACUAUCUUCACACAGAGUGCAAAGUCGUCUAUACGGCUAGAAAAUAUCCUUAUAAGCUUUGAAAACGAAAACAUUCUUCUAGACUUUAUCAAACGAUAA